UUUUGGAGGAACUUGGACUUUUUUACGAUGUUCUUUCUGAGCUUGCAAUGUUAUCUUGUAUAUUACAGUCCAGAAAAACAACUCUAAUGCGUGCCCAGUCGGAGAUAAAUAGAACGAUUAGAAUUUUAGAAAGUCUGAAAGCUGAACCUGGGGAAAAAGAAAAGGAAAUUAUAGAAGCUAUUCAGAAAGGAAUUAACAAAGGUGUCAAUAUUACAAUGACAAAAUCAGGAGGGAUUAACAGGUUACAAUUUUUGCAAAAUUUAGUAGACAGAAUGCGUCAACGCUUAUUUGAUGACUCAAAAAAUAAAACAAUGCUAGAAGACAUUCAGGUAAUUGAUGAAGUGUUCAAAGUAGCAAUUAAUGAUGCAAAGGGAGAAGAUGAAGUUAAAAGAGUAUCACGGACAUUAGGUUUUUCUGAAUUUGAAAGUGUAGUUGACUUCCGUUCAAGAAAUGUUUUUUCUAGUUUCAUGAAAGCAUUAAAUAUACUCCCAACUUCAACAGCUGAUUGUGAACGAGGGUUUUCCGAUAUGAAUUUGACAAUAACUGAUUUAAGGACUAGCUUAAACAUUGAAAAUGUGUCAGAUUUGAUGUUCAUCUCUAUCAAUGGCCCUUCAAUUGCAGAUUUUAAUCCUAGACCUUAUAUUAAAAUUUGGUUAAGAGAUCACCGUUCUGCCGUUUCCACUCCUAGAGGUAAAGAAAGAAAAGAAAUAGACGACGAAAAUAAGAUGCAGAAAUUAUUUUUUAACAAUUUAUUUAAUUAAAUUUUUUAGUAUUUGUAUAUUUUCAUAUUUUAUUGACUUAUAAAGGUAAUUUCAAGCUUUUUUUAAAAGUUUGAUUUUUUUUUUCAUAUUUU